AAUUGACCCUACUAAUUUGAUACGGCAUUUUCCACACGUGACAUGACUCACCUCUAAUUUUUAAGCGUCAGACAGAUCAGUUGAUAAUGAAAAAUUUUGGGGACCUCCCCCGUAGAUCGCACAAAAAUGUCAGAUUUUCACAAAAGACAAUUUUUCACCAUUUUGAAUUAGGUUGAUACAACUAUCUUCUUGGUUUCAGUAUCAAUUCCUUGUUAGAACUAUCCAAUUGACUUGUUUGAUAAUGUUAUCUGCUAGAGCUAGUUUCCGUCGUGCCUUUUCCACCACUUCUCCAGUCUUCAAGGCUUUAAAGAUCGGUUUGAUCCCCGGUGAUGGUAUUGGUAGAGAAGUUAUUCCAGCCGGUAAAGCAGUAUUGGAAAACUUACCUGCCAAAUUUGAUUUACAAUUCGAAUUCGUUCAUUUAGAUGCUGGUUAUGAAUUGUUCCAAAAGACUGGUACUGCCUUACCAGAAGAAACUGUUGACGUUUUAAAGAAUUCUUGUGAUGGUGCUUUAUUUGGUGCUGUUUCUUCUCCAACCGUCAAGGUUGAAGGUUAUUCAUCACCAAUUGUUGCCUUAAGAAAGAAGUUAGGUUUAUAUGCUAAUGUUCGUCCUGUUAAAUCGGUUGAAGGUAUUGGUAGACCAGUUGAUAUGGUUAUUGUUCGUGAAAAUACUGAAGAUUUAUAUAUCAAAGAAGAAAGAACUUAUAAGACUGAAGAUGGUUUCUUAGUUGCUGAAGCCAUUAAAAGAAUUACUGAAGUUGCUACCACUAGAAUUUCUAAGAUGGCUUAUGAAAUCGCUUUAUCAAGACAAGAAAUUAGAGAUGCUUCCCCAAAUGCUAAAUCAUUGCAUUCUAAACCAUCAGUUACUGUUACUCAUAAAUCUAAUGUGUUAUCUCAAUCUGAUGGUUUAUUCAGAGAAACUUGUCGUAAAGUUUAUGAUGCCAAUAUUGAUGAAUUUGCCAAUAUUGAUUACAAAGAACAAAUUGUUGACUCUAUGGUUUAUCGUAUGUUCAGAGAACCAGAAAUCUUUGAUGUUGUCGUUGCUCCUAACUUGUAUGGUGAUAUUUUAAGUGAUGGUGCUGCUGCUUUAGUUGGCUCUUUAGGUGUUGUUCCAUCUGCUAAUGUUGGUGACAACUUUGCCAUUGGUGAACCAUGUCAUGGAUCUGCUCCAGAUAUUGAAGGUAAAGGUAUUUCUAAUCCAAUUGCUACUAUUAGAUCUACUGCUUUAAUGUUAGAAUUCAUGGGUUACAAAGAUGCUGCUGCUAAAAUUUACGAAGCUGUUGAUGCUAACUUAAGUGAAGAUCAAAUUAAGACUCCAGAUUUAGGUGGUAACUCAACUACUCAACAAGUUACUGAUGAUAUCAUUAGACGUUUAUAAUCAGGUUUGGAUUUAACAACAUAAAUAAUAAAAAAAAGUUAUGAUAUAUUACACUUUUGUAUAUAAAAAUAUAUAUAUAAUUCUAGUAUUUUAAAUUUAGUAAGGUUUGAAA